AUGGCUAAUACCCAUGUUUAUUAUAUGCAGUUUGGGACUCAGAUUUAUGAAUAUUUUGUGGGACUUUAUCAGUGCUUCCAGAAAUUCUGGAGUGUCACUGUUAAAGGCUUUUUCCUUAAGAAGAAGAAAGAGCACAUACCUACAGUGGAAGAUAUUUUUCACAAAGAAAAGAUUGUGAUGCAUGGCCACAUGCUGAAGGAUAAAUCUCUAGCCAUUGAGAAGAGAGCUGAAGCUGCCUACAGAAUCGGACUGCUGGCCUUCACAGGAGGACCAACUACCGGGAAAUUUGCAGCUGAGUACAUGAAAGAAGUAGCACACUUGUUGCAAAAUCAAAAGAUGGCACCAAAAGUAACCGUCCUACUGCUCCAGAGUGUAGCAUGUUGGUGUUACUUAAACCCUGUCAGCCAGAGAAGAGCCAAAAAUCUGCAGCUUAUUCCUAUUCUCGUUGAUUUUUUUGAUAGCAGACUUGAGUCUACCAUCCAAAGUGAAAUCAAUAGCCACCUCCUUGUUAAGUUUUGGACUUGCUAUGUACUCUCUGUCAUGGCAUGCAAUAACUUGUCUUGCAUGAAGGAGCUUAAAGACUACAGUACUCUAAAAUAUCAUUUGCAAAUGUUGGCUAAUGAGAAUUGGUCUGAGUGGCCUGAGAAUUUUGCAGAGGUGCUAUAUUUCCUCAUUGGUUUUCACAGGAAUUAA